CCACUCUUCUUCUCAUCAACACAAACAAGUAUCGAUCAGCUUGCUUCACCACCACAAAAUCCACACUCCACUGCUAUCAAGCUUCAAGCAUCAGAGAGUUCAGGCAGACCAUUGAGCGGCAUCAUCUCCUCCAACGCGGCGAGAAGAACAGAGUUGCAGAGAGAUCAUGGCGGGUGCGGCGAAGGCGUCAUGGAUGGUUGCGAUGAGCGUGGGCGCCGUGGAGGCGCUCAAGGAUCAGGCCGGGCUCUGCCGCUGGAACUACGCGCUCCGGUCCAUCCACCGGACUGCCAAGGCCAGGGCCAACGUCCGUGGCGGCGUCUCGCAGGGCGCAAGGCAGCUUCCGGCUUCCGCAGCGGUGGCGGAGAAGCGACGAGCAGAGAAGACCGAAGAGGGGCUGAGGACCGUGAUGUACCUCAGCUGCUGGGGUCCCAAUUAGUACUACUAGCUACCAAGAGGUGUUUUCUCCUAGCUCCAGCAUCUGUUAGAAACUUCUAGCAACAACCACGCCGUGUGACUUGGCUGGUUAAUUCCCUGCCGAUUAUAAAUACGUAUCACGAUGAUGAUGAUGAAACCUUUCCCCACUUCGAGUUCA